AUGCGACACCCACUAUCGCCCGUUCCCGACGGGUUACCUAGAAUGGAGUGCUUCUCCAGGUCCCUCGACGGGCAGUUCCACAUAUUAGGCCGCCCGGACAAUGCGCACGAUACCAAGAAAGACAACGUGAUGGAACAAGCCGUCGGCCAACCUGUAGGAAGCGUCCGAGAGAUGAAUGUACCAUUGAAGAUAUUCUCCCCGGGUAAAAGCGCCGGGACGGUUGCGAUGCAACUCCUGUAUGACAGCUGGCUCUUGCUGAAGCGUCUCCAGCUCGAUGACUGGGAAGUUGAUAACUAUGCCUUGGUGGUGAAGAAACUUCAAAAGAAAGAUCCUUUCUUGCAUAGGGCGACGGCUCAUGCUCUUCAGUAUUUCCAGCCACGCAGAAUCUACGAAGCACCGGUUCUAGACACGGAUUUUAUGGCUGCUCCUCUCAUGGCACUUCUCGCGGCACCGGACAAGGAUGUGCUUCACCGUUUGCCGCACUGGAGGUACGCUACUCACGCUAUCGUACGAGCCCAUCUAUGGUGCAGGCAGGACCCUUUGACCAUUGAUACCCAUUUCCUCACGGAGGUCAGCGAAAUACCUGCGGAAGUAAUAGCCUGGCGACUGACGGAGAACGCUUUGCAUGAGUUCCGACAACUUAGUAACCGCAGUGUCAUCCGUUAG